AUGAUACGAGCUUAUUCAUCAAGUUGUCAUCCACAAAAUUCAUUCAUUCUUUAUAACCAAAUGCACAGAAAUGGACGCCCCUCGCUUGAUAAAUACACAUUCCCUUUCUUACUCAAAGCUUGUUCAGUUCUCAGCGACAUUCGUAAAGGUGAAGAAACCCAUUGUCAAGCUGUUAAGCAUGGGUUUGGUACUAAUAUAUUUGUUCAGAAUUCAUUAAUCCAUUUGUAUGGAUCAAAUGGUAGAAUUAGUUCUGCUCGGUCAGUGUUCGACGAAAUGCUUGAUAGAGAUGUUGCUACAUGGACUACAUUGGUUUCUUGUAAUGCUAACCAUGGGUCAGUAGAAACUGCACACAAGUUGUUCAAGGAAAUGCCUGACAAGAGUGUUGUUUCUUUUAGUGCGAUGAUUAUGGGUUAUGUUAGAAAGGGACGGUUUAAUGAAGCAUUGGAAUUAUUUCGUGAGUUGCAGAUGCAAGGGUUGGAACCUAAUGAUUCUACCAUUAUGGGAGUCAUUUCUGCCUCUGCUAAUUUGGGUAGUUUAGAUUCUGGUAAAUGGAUCCAUUCUUAUAUCAGGAGUAAGAAAGGAAACCAAUUCGAUAGUCGGAUAAAUACUGCACUGAUUGAUAUGUAUUUCAAGUGUGGGAGCAUCAACGAUGCGAUACUUGUUUUUGAAGGAGUUAAGGAGAAGCUUGUGGGUGAGUGGACAGCGAUGAUUUAUGGCAUGGCAAUGCAUGGUUUUGGAGAGAGAUCAGUGGAAUUGUUUGAAAACAUGGUGGAAUCCGGUGUUAAGCCUAAUACAAUCACAUUUGUUGGUCUCUUAUCUGGUUGCACUCACGCAGGACUGGUUAAACAAGGAUUAAUGUAUUUUGACAGAAUGGAAUCAGAGUUUGGGAUUGAACCCACAGUUGAACACUUUGGUUGUGUGGUCGAUCUUCUAAGCCGGGCAGGAUUGAUUGCACAAGCCGUUAAGUUCAUGAACAAUAUGCCAUUGAAAGCUAAUGCUGCUAUGUGGGGUGCACUUUUAAACGCAUGUAGAGUUCACAAGAAUGUCGAAGUGGGAGAGUUAGCAGCCAGAUGGUUAUUGAGAGAAGAACCACGGAAUGCAGCAAUUUAUAUGAGUCUGUUGAGUUUGUACACAGAAGCUAAGAGAUGGGAUGAUGUUGUUAUGGUAAAGAGAGAAAUGAAGGAACUCGGUUCCAGGAAAAGUCCAGGUUGCAGUUUGAUUGAUGUUAAUGGUACUUCCUAUGAAUUUGUUGCUGGGGACAAAUCAUUCCCACCUGCAUUACAAAUUAGCUUACAAAUUGAUGAAUCAAUAAAGGAAGCAAAAGAAGAUUACAUUUAUAGGUGGGAUUGA